CAAAGGAAUAUUCCAGAGAAAACUAUCGAGACCAUGCUGAGAGAGAAGAUUGAUACCAACGUCAUCCAGCUCAUGACAGAUGAAGAGCUAAAGAAUUAUUUGCCAUCAUAUGGAGACCGCAUAGCCCUAUCAGGAUACUGUAAAAGGAAGGAAAAUGGCCCCCCAAGCAGUCGCAAAUCAAAACUGUUUGAGCGCCUGAAAUCAAAGCUGGGUAAAAGAAAAACUGCUCAUGAAGAUGGCUGUGGUAUGGAAAAAGAAGAGCAAUCUGAAACAACUGUAAAGAAGAAUGCUCUGAAGUCAAAGAGAAAAAUAGAAAUAGGCUGGCUGCUUUAUGAUGAAGAACAACAGGCUUUUAAACAAGUAAGAGCAAGAAGAGGUGGUGGAACAAGGAAGGUCGAUGUAUCAAAGGAUGCUAAAAAAAAGGGAGAUAAUCCAGAUGGCUAUUGGCCUCUUCUUUCCAAAUGGAAGAAAUAGAGAAGGGUCCAUAGCAGAUUUUGAAAUGGAUCUAAAAGAUUAUCAGGAAGUGGCAAUUGAUGACAAAAUCACUGUUGGACAAAUGUUUCAUGUUACAAAACUGACUAUUCUCAGGUUUUACCUGACCACCCAUAAAAAGAAGGCUAACCAGUCAGUCAGUCAAGAUGAAGUUUUGUCUUCAUCAUUUUUUCAGGAUCAAGACAGUUCUCUGAGUCAGCCCUCCUCUUCAUCUGCUGUAAAUGUUGCAGUGACCAGCCAAUCUACAAUAUCCACAGAAGUAACUUCUGACUUCCUAUUUGUUGGAAACAUAACAAAUCAUGAGAAUAUUAACUUUUCACUUCAUUCUACAGAGCUUAGGGAGGAGGAUUUGGAUAGCAGUAACAUAGUGUUUCUAGGAGCGUUUUCUGACAGUGAGCCACAGAUUUUGGAUGAUACUUUGCCAAUAUCCCCUCAAUCCACAUCAUCCUCCAAGGCAGUGAAGAAGAUGCUGAUAGUUCACAGAGGACAGGUACUUCCUGAGCUCAUAGCACAUUUCUGUGAUGACGGACCUUUAGAUAGAGAUUUCAAAAUCCAGCUUGUGCUGCCAGAUGGAACACCUGAAAUGGGUUAUGAUGACGGAGGAGUCGUUAGAGACUGUCUUUCUGAAUUCUGGAACGAUUUCUAUGACCAGUGUACUACAGGAAACACUUAUAAAGUGCCUUUUCUGAGACAUGAUUAUGGACAGCAGCAGUGGGAGAGUGUAGGCCGAAUAAUUGCUUUUGGAUGGACAAGAGAGAAAUAUCUUCCUAUGAAGAUUGCACCUGUCAUACUAGAGCAAGCAGCCUUUGGACAGGUUAAAAGUGAGGUGGUGGAGAAUUUCCUUAAGUGCAUGUCUGAAUCUGAGCACUUUGUGUUUCAGUCAUGGCAGUCAGACUUCAGCAGUGUUGACAAAGAGGAAUUGAUAGAGAUUCUUGAUAACCGCAGUUGCAGACGAAUGCCCACUGCCAGCAAUGUAAACGAAAUCCUCCAGGAGCUUCCACACAAAACACUUGUCCAAGAGCCUGCUUACGUUAUUGAACAGUGGGCCAAAACACUCAGUAUCAUCGGUGAAAAAGUGAAAAUUACUGUAGGAAGUAUUUAGAAGUUCACAGCCAAAAUAAACAAAAAUAGGAACUGUUUAUUGUUAUUGUAUCUUUUUAUGAG